UCACUGGAGCGGCUGAUCAAGAAACUGCCUCUACCAAGCGCUCUUCUCGCGAGCGUGCGCAGUUCGUCAGAGCACGUCGACGCCACUGAGAGCCGGCGUGAUUGACGUUUACGUCCGUGACGCCACAGAGCGCGAGGACGUGGGGUUUCUGAGAGUGCGCAGUGGGUGCGCCGGCGGCGACCCUUCGGCCUUUUUCGGGAGGGGGCGACGCUGAGAUGGGGGCGGCGGCAGCCGAAGCAGAUCGCACGCUCUUUGUGGGCAACCUUGAGACGAAGGUGACAGAGGAGCUUCUUUUUGAGCUUUUCCACCAGGCUGGGCCUGUAAUAAAAGUGAAAAUUCCAAAAGAUAAAGAUGGAAAACCGAAGCAAUUUGCAUUUGUGAAUUUCAAACAUGAAGUAUCUGUUCCUUAUGCAAUGAAUCUCCUUAAUGGAAUAAAACUUUUUGGAAGGCCCAUCAAAAUUCAGUUUAGAUCAGGAAGUAGCCAUGCCUCACAAGAGGUCAGUUUGUCAUAUCCCCAGCAUCAUGUUGGAAAUUCAAGUCCUACUUCCACAUCUCCUAGCAGGUACGAAAGAACGGUGGAUAAUAUGACUCCAUCAGCACAGAUACUUCAGAGAUCUUUCUCUUGUUCAGAAAAUUUUCAGAGACAAGCAGUGAUGAACAAUGUUUUGAGACAGAUGUCAUAUGGAGGGAAAUUUGGUUCUCCACACCUGGAUGCAUCAGGAUUUUCGCCAUCAGUUCAGUCCCAUAAUCCUUCUUUCAACCAGUCUUCAGGCUCCCCAUGGCGCCAAGAUACACCGUCGCAGCGAAAAGUCAGACAGAAUUCUCAUCCCUACCUAGCAGAUAGACAUUAUAGCCGUGAACAGCGUUACGCAGAUCAUGGGUCUGACCAUCAUUACAGAGGAAACAGAGAUGAUUUCUUCUAUGAAGACAGGAAUCAUGAUGGCUGGAGCCAUGACUAUGAUAACAGAAGAGACAGUGGUAGAGAUGGAAAAUGGCGCUCAUCUCGACACUAACAAGUGUUAAAAUGAUGUUUUUAUAGGGUCAUUCUAGGCCCUUUUGGUUAAGUUGGCCUGGGAAUGUUUUGUUAAAAAACUGUAUAGAGCAGCUUUACAAGUUGCCACAUUUCUUUAUAAAAAUUUUAAAACACCAGUCCCAUACAGAAAUGAGAAGAAUUGUGGUUCUGGUUUUAUUACAUUAAUAACCUUUCACCUCAGGGUUUUAAGAAGAGGAAAGGGUUUUAUGCAAAAGAAAGUGCCACAAUUCCUAAUCAUUUUAGACAGUUGAGGAAAGGAUGUAUUAUUAUAUGGAUUAGUUGAAUUAUGAAACAAAUAUUUUAAUUAUUUGUUAUCUUUUUGUAUUGCAAGUUUCUUGUUCGUGACUCAGAUUUUGGUGGAUAUAAUGAAAACAUUCAAGUUGAUAGUCUGAAAUGACUCAGUAUUUUGUUAAUGAGAAAAUGUAAUUUCAGUGAUUCAUUUUACUCACAUUUGAGGAAACUUUUUGGUAUAAAGUUUGGGGAUAAAUCAUUAACUUCUUAGAGAACUUAAGUGUAAGUUCUGUGACAUGCUCUUAAGUUUUACCCUAAUUGAGCAUUCAUGUGUAAAUCUACACAUGCUAUUUCAUUAUAAAAUCUUAGAAUUUGCUCCUUAAAUCUUAAUGUUUGGUGUAUGGCUAAAGUGACUCAGGAAGUUAAUUAUCUUGAAAUUAUUUUUUUACAGUAAAAAUACAGUGUUAAUGUAAAUCCCCCCUUUCAGGAAGAACAAACAUGUAAAUGCAUAGUCAGAAAAAAUGGUAAAAUGUCUUACUGAAAAUAUACUUUUUGGAUGAAAAGGUUCACAAAACCUUUAUGUGCUGCCUCUAUCACUCAAACUUUAAAAUUUUUAACAUUUUCAAAGUGCCCAGGACAUGUAUAUAAGGACACAUUUUAUUAUGGAGAUUGUACAAGUUACUUUUUUUGUUUUUGAAUAUUUGAAAGAAUUUAGUCUUAAACACUUUCUGAUUUAAACUUUUUUAAAUCUUGUUUAACAAAACUUUUAUGUAUUAAGAUGCUGUUUCCCUUUCAUUGUAGAACUUGUUUGUAAAAAUUCAUUCCUUGAAAAAUUCGGAUCCUUUUUAAUAUUGACAACAUUUGUACUAUACUGCUUUUUAAUAUAUUGAAAACAAAAAGGA